AUGCCACACUCGCAUGCCUUGUUGCAGCGAAGAAGUGGGGUCUCAUCUUAUCGUGUACGCUCGCCAGGUGCGGCGACCAGCGUGGACAAGAUGCACAGCUUUGCUAGUGGCGCUUGUCCUAACAAGAGACGGCGGAGGUCGCCAGGUGCGUUGGCCCUUGACGUCCCCAGUUUGGGUCCGAGUGAGGAUGGCGCCACCGCCACUGCCACCCCUGUGACGGGCGCAGGCGUCUUUGUGGCGCCGAACCCAAUUCUUGCCACGCUGUCGACGAGUGAGUGGCUCAUGUCCUCACGGGUUCACUUGGCGGACCCCGCUUUGCGCUCAUCGAUGGAGAGGCCGUUGUUGGGGGUUGUAGUGACCGCCGAGGUGGGUGGAUGGUUGCGUGUGCGGGAGCAAAGAAAUGGUACAAUUCACUACCAACGACGUCUGCGCUCUAGGUGUAAUCCCCUGUGCCUGUGCUGGAGCUUGGCAUCCUGCUGCACCUUUUUUGUGGGUCAGCAGUGUGGUUUGGUGACGAUGCUUCAACUACAACAUGAGAGCAUCAUCGAAGUCGCUGAUUGCGUGCUUCACGAGGCGGCAGUCGUGGCGAUGACGCGUGUAUUUGUACAUACACGCGGGAACACGGUCGCUGCCGAGAAAACCUCUGGAAUGGCGCAGGAAUUGUUGUUAACUCUUGAUGCAAACGGCGUUUUGGGUGUGUGGAAAACGGCUGGCCCUUACUGCAUGCAGAAGGUUCAGCUGUUGCACCCGCCUUUUCGGUGUCUGACUUCAGAUGAGAGCUUGCCAGGUGGCAUCUUUGUUCCUGGUGGAGUUGAGGGGGCCUUGGCGGCAGACGGUGGUGCGGGCGGGAGCAGGGGCGGGGUAUUUGACGUUGCCCUGCUGGAGUGCCCGUACGAGGUGGGGGCGGCCUGGAGGAGGCGCGUGACGUAUGGCGGCACAAGGGCGGCUGUCAUCUCCAUGGCGCUCGCCCCACGUCCCAGUUCGGCGCCGGCGGGGACAACGCUGACGUUGUGGGGUGGGACGGAGAACGGCGCACUCCACAUGUGGGAUGUUGCCAGCGGCGCACCGUUGCGCGUUUUACACGAGGUCACUCCCUCGUGUGCACCGAUUCACUAUCUUCACUGCGUCCCCUGCAUUGAUCCCCGGCACGUGUGGGUCUGCACGCGAGGCGGGAGCGUCAUGUUGUGGGACGCUGGUCGAUUGAUGCUGCUGAGCGAACUGUCGGUGAGUUACCCGAAGGGCCCCGCCGUGGACACCCCGCAUUCCAGCCCACGCCAUCCUCACUGCGGCGGUGGUGAGACAGAUGCGAACACGUGUUUUCUGCAGCAUUUGCUCUCCGAUGCGUCGGAGGCCCCCACACACUUUACCCUCUUUGUGAGACCAAUCGAACCGGUGCUUACGUUGCGGCUUUGGUCCGCUGCGACAGACGGCACGGUGCGGUCGUGGUUGUGCCAAACAAGUUUGUCGGAGGUUUCUUUGGGGGCGACGCCGGCGAGCUCUGUGGGCCGCAACCCCGACGUCAUUGCCAUGGAAACCGUCCGUGCGUUUAUUGAGGGGAAGGCCCGACUGUUUGCGGAGGAAACCGACGCGCUGCGCAGGGACGUCGCACAGCUCACACGCGAGUCGGCAGCGCUGCAGGCGAGGAACCGCGUGCUGGCGGAUGCCUUGAGAGCAGCCACCACCCGCAUUGCCUGCCAGCACGACGAGGGUGAUGUGGCAAACAGAAGGCCAUCUGUGGAGUCGCCACAGCCUCGAGAGCCACCCCUGUCCUCUUUGGGGGAUUCACCGCAUAUUAGCUCGAUGCGAGCCGCGUUAGAGGAUCUGCGCCGAAGGCUGCAAGACGCCUCCUCCGAAAAUGAGCGUCUUUCUGCAGAAAAGAUGGUGCUGCGCUUGCGGCUUGCUGAACAACCGUCGAAGCUUGAGUUGGCUCAAGGAGGGGGUGCCGCGUUACUACCUUCUGCGCUGCAGCCUGCGGUGGUCGCGGGAGAGGAGCAAAUGACGCUGGAGCGCCUGCAGGAAGAGGUUGCUGCAUGCCAGGCAACGAGCGAAGAGUACAUGCAUCAUUGGCGGAGGGAGCAGACCCGCCGUGAGGCGGCAGAGAAGGAGUGCGAAGUGUGCAAGCGGCGUCUGCGGACGCUAGAAGACGAAUUGAGUUGCGCCAAGGCCCAACUUUUAGUUUGCACCGCGGGUGCUGCCGCUCGGGUGCAGAAUACCACCCACCAGACUGCAGAAGAUGGAGACGUGGAUGGGGGUAGGCCCUUGGAAAAGCCUGCCUUUUCUUGUGGGGCACUGAGUGGAAGGAGGGACGCCGUCAUCGAUGGUGCAGCGACGCAGAACUUGGAGUCAGCGUGGAGAGAACUCCACCGGCGGGAGCAGCGAUUGGCGGCAGCGCAAGAUAUGGUGCAGGAUAAAUGGAGCGACAUCCAGCAGUCGCGCGUGGAGGUGGAUGCGGAAGCGGCGGAAUUACGCCAUGCGCAGCAGCGGCUGGUGGAGCGGGAGGCGGGGUUGCUUGAGCAUGCGGAACGACUGUGCGCUCUCGAAGAGGAGCUGCGUCGCAGGGAGCGGUGUCUCUUUCAACGGAGGAGUCGCAGCCGUUGA